CGGCCCUCGCGGCGCCGCCGCCCGCGCAGACCCGGAGCGCGGCCGCGGACGAAGAUGGCGACCGCCAUGUACUUGGAGCACUACCUGGACAGUAUCGAGAACCUUCCCUGUGAGCUUCAGAGGAACUUCCAGCUGAUGCGAGAGCUGGACCAGAGGACAGAAGAUAAGAAAGCUGAGAUUGACAUCCUGGCCGCGGAGUACAUCUCCACCGUGAAGACGCUUUCCUCGGACCAGCGCGUGGAGCACCUGCAGAAGAUCCAGAGCGCCUACAACAAGUGCAAGGAGUACAGCGACGACAAGGUGCAGCUGGCCAUGCAGACCUACGAGAUGGUGGACAAGCACAUCCGGAGGCUGGAUGCAGACCUGGCUCGCUUUGAGGCGGACCUGAAGGACAAGCUGGAGGGCAGCGACUUUGAGAGCGCUGGAGGACGGGGGCUAAAAAAAGGUCGAGGUCAGAAAGAAAAGAGGGGCUCCAGGGGUCGCGGCAGGAGGACCUCAGAAGAUGACACCCCAAAGAAGAAGAAGCAUAAAGGAGGGUCGGAGUUCACCGACACCAUCCUGUCUGUGCACCCCUCUGACGUGCUGGACAUGCCCGUGGACCCGAAUGAGCCCACCUACUGCCUGUGCCACCAGGUGUCCUACGGGGAGAUGAUCGGCUGCGACAACCCAGACUGCCCCAUCGAGUGGUUCCACUUUGCCUGUGUGGAUCUGACCACGAAGCCCAAAGGAAAAUGGUUCUGUCCGCGCUGUGUUCAGGAGAGGAGGAAGAAGAAGUAAGGCUGGGUGGACACUCGACCGGAAGAGCAAGCUGACGGAUUCCCUUGUUCAUGUUGCAAUAUUUUACAUUCAUUUUUAAACUACCUUGUUCCCGACGAUGUUUAAUAACUCA